AUGGUGUUUUUCCAUUUGAUGCUAAUUUUUGUCGCGGCAAAAUGUGAAUUAGAAUUGCACAUUGUUUGCGGACUAAAAAGUUAUAUAAGGUGUCCUCUCCAGUACAAUCCAUUGCAAGCUGUCAUUGUCUGGAGCAAAAAUUUGUCACCCAUUAGUAACAGCAGCAUUAAAAAUCGAGUUUACGUUAACGAAAAUGGCUAUUUGGUGUUUAAUCCUGUCGUUCAGGAGGACACUGACGUGUAUUCAUGUCUACCUUACCUACCAAAUUACGUCAACUUGCAAAUAGUAACCAUAAUAUUGAAAGUAGAUGAUAUUCCGGAAUUUGUGUUGAGACCCUUACCAAAAUAUCACAAGUAUUUUGGAGAAUCAGUAACUUUGCCAUGUUAUGCAACUGGAAAUCCACAACCUUUCAUAUAUUGGAGAAAAACAGAUUCAACAUUUCCCUCAACCACAAAAACAUUGUUUGACGGCAGCAACCUAACAAUAGCACAUUUGACUAAAGAGGAAGAAGGCUACUACGAGUGUUAUGCCACAAACUUUUACAGCACCAUCGUAUCGUCCACUUACUUGAUUGUCCAAGAGCAAAUUGUAAACCAGCCAUACAAUGUAAGAAGUGUAUCAACUUCUGGUUCAAUGACGCUCACCUGGUCACCACCACAUAUGGAAGAUGGCCUCAUCUAUAACUACAAAGUUUGUCUAAAAGAAGCAAGCUUAGGCAACUGGCUGUACUUCACAGAUCUACCGGAGUUCACAACCUCAUUAACGAUAUAUAACUUGAAACCUUCGGCUGACUAUGAAAUUGUUAUUGCCACAACGAGAAAUAAUUUAACGGUUUACAGUUCAACAUUAUACGUGCAUACUCAAAGCGUUACAGACAUGUGUGAUAUUAAUGUUUAUAACAUUAUCGAAUAUAUUGUUGUCGGAGUCAGUCGGAAUCAAAGAUUUUUGCCGGAGUCGGAAUUUUUUGAGGGGCCCGAGUUGAAGUCGGAUAUUUUUCACCCGACUCCAAAACCCUGGUAA